UUGUGGUUGAUUCUUCUUGUUUAUGUUGUUUUAUGAUAGGGUGGAAUGUCUGAGAAUUUUUAAAGUAUUUCAUUCAAUUUAGGCCUUGCUAUUUUACUUUUAAUUUGAAAUGCGUUAAGUCAUUUAACCAGCAUGGUUGUCAUGAUUGCCUCUAAGUUAUCCUUACUUUUAUAUGCAGUCAUAUUAAUUUUAAUUUGCGUCGCAGAGGGCUGUGACUAUGUUGUCUGGAUCACUGACAAUGGCCCAAUUGUGCAAGGAGGCUCAAUCUCUUUCCAGGCAGAAUUACUUUGCUCUGAUGGGAGCCGCCCUGAAGGAAGUUUCCGCUAUUAUUGGAAAGACAAUACACUAGAAUCUCACGAAUGGAUGGACGAAUCUACCCAUACAAGUUCAACAUGGAAUGUUACGUAUCCAGCUAAAAAUUACUACCCUGGUGAAUAUGAGGUUCAAGUCAAUAUUGAUAAGUUUCGGGUUAUUCUGUGGGUUGACAUCUGCAGCAAACGAACUUCCUUUAAUAUCACAGCUUUGCUCAAUGGAAGAAUGGAUUUAAUUCAGGAUCAUUCGCAGAAGUCAAACUUUAUAUCCAAUGCUACUGAAGUUGAACAUAAAAUUGUGCUUUCAGAGGCAGAUGAUAAUCUAUUAAAGAAUGCCACUGAGGUUAUGGCGUUUUGGUUUGUAGACUGCACCUUCUAUGGGGUCUCAGAAGAUCUGACUUUCAACUACACUUAUGGAACUGUGGGUUACAAUCAUAAUGUUGAAGCCCUAGUUGUGGUUUCUUUUGAUCCAAUCAUCCCAACAACCACACCUGCACCCACCACUACUACUUCCACUACUACAACUACAACCACAACCACAACUGUGGCCCCACCCACACCUUCUACUCAACCCACAAGCACCAGCCCAGCUACGACAUCAUCCACAACCACAACUCUUAAACCUAAUGUCAGUGGAAUUCUUUUGAAGUCAAAUCAAUCUGCCCUAACCAUGCAGCAAAGAAAAAUUCUUCAAAACUUUUACGAUCUAAAUGCCCCGUACAAGUGCCUGAAUUCUUCAAUAAUCCCACCAGACGGAAACAAAACUUAUGGAUAUUUUCAUCGACGCAUGAAUGUGAAAUCCCCUAUUCACAACAUAUCUGUCAAAGGCACAAAUUGGCUGCAGCAGGAUCAGUUGUUGGACUUGCAAGUAUUGUGUAGCGGGUCAGGAAAUUUUAGUGCUUGUAAUUACAAAGCACCUGCCAACUACAAUGUCACUGGCAAUGAGACCUGUAUGCAUGAAGAAAUCUUUGAAACUUGUCAGUUUAACGUAUCUAGGUUUUUCUCUUAUGUCAAUUACACUGUCAUUGUCAUUGUCAGUAAUGACGUGUCAAAGGUGGUUUAUCCAGUGAGCGUGAUGUUUUACAAAGUUCAAAAACAUGCUCAGCUGUCUGUCAUUGUGGUACCGGUUGGGUGCACUUUAUUGGCUGUCAUCAUGAUUGUAUUUGGUGUGGCUUACUAUGUCCAAAGAAAAAAGAGGUUUACUGUAGAGGUUGCAGAUUUUGACUUUGGUCAAGGGUAUGAUCAAGACAUGGAGUACAAAACAUUUAGAGAACGUUUGAGGGAAUCUGUUGUAAACUCAUUUAACCGUGACUUUGGAGUUGAUGGUGAGGGCAAUGUUUGGUCUCCCAGCCGGAAAUACGGUAGUAUGCAGUGACCCAGGCAGCCCUCGGGGCCAGGCAGGGCACAUACCACACAUCCAUACGAGGGCUAUUGAGGACUUGUCUCCAAUCCAACAGUUCCCAUUAUGGUUACUGUACCUAUGUGAUAAAGUUAAUUGACUUCUUUUAUGUAUUUCACCUUAUAACUCCACUCUUAAAACUCAUCAAACAUUUGCCUUCCAAAGAAUUGAGAGUGAGACGGGGAAAUCAUGAUUUUGUACAUGUCUCAGACUUGCUUUGACAUUGGAAUUAAUGAUUGAAUAUCUUUUUGCCAACUUAUAUUGAUGCAUUGAGGAGGUUUAAUAUAUUUCUUUCAGUUUCUGAAACAUUUUAUUUGAAUGUAUCAUAUGAAUCAGAAUCUGAAAAUGUUACUUUUUAGUUUUUUUUUCAUGAGUUUGGUGAAAAUGUUUCUUUGCUUAAAUCUUUUAUAUCAUCUCACUAUUUAUGCAAAAGGAAAUAAUAAUGGAGUCACUAUUGCCCUAUGUUUCUUAUAAUUGUUGAUGAAACCAUUGGAUUUGUUUAUCUGGGGUCAAAUGUAUGGAUACCCCUGCGCGUCAUUGCACUUUGUAAAUGACAGUUUGUCUUGUUUUGCUUUUUUUGUGGGUAGUUAUUUGUUGCUUCAGGCCCUAUUUAUAGACUAUUUACCCCUCUUUAGCUGUGGUUGUUCUCAAAAUGAACUAGGGAAUUAUGUGCACUUGGGGUGAUUUGCAAUGGAUUGCAUGUAUAGUUGAAAAUUGCGGCCAAUUUAAGGGGUUCAAGGGGCCCUGAGCAUUUCAGAGCAAGAAUUAUGCUAAUCCUGGUUUUCGGACAAACCCCAUGUCCCAUCAUGAUAGCAGCUAAGUGGAGCUUUUCGAACUCUGAGGGCGGCCCUUUAAUAGGCAAGUGAGAUUUUGAAAAAAAGGGCCUUAUGUAAUUUAAGUGCAUACUGUGAUAAGAUAUUUGUCAACCACCUAAUACUUGAAUUAUUUUCUCAUUGCGCUGGCUUUUCUUUUCAAUGCUUUUGCGAUACAGCUAGGGAAGUGAUGUACUAACUUUUCUUUCAAGAUUGUCUAAGCAGAAUUUUUAGUGAUUUACAUUGUAAGGUGUAACAAAAUGCACAUUUAUCCUGCAAAGUAGAUGCUUCAGGACAUCUUUUCCCCCUCUUUUUAUGAGGAGGAGAUUGUUCUUUGCUCUGCCCACACCACAAUGUAUGUGAUGUUUGAUUAUGCGUUUUCUUGUGUAAAUAUUGAUACAUAUUCUGAUUUACCACAACUAUGAGCUGAUUUUACCUUUUGUACAUAGCUUUUGUCCAAUAAUCUCAUUGUAUAAAGUCAUAAUUUUGUGGAACCAAUUAAAAUUUUGGCAAGGAGUAGAGGUAGACAAGCAAGAGGAACAAUUUUAUUUCUAAAUUUUAAACUAAAAGAACUUACUAGUUAUGCAAAUAAUGGACUGCUCUUUAAAAGUUAACUCGUUAGAUGGUAAUGUGUGUGUGUUGUGAAAAGCAAGUUUUUAAUGUGUCUGCAUCCAAAUUUUUGUAAUGGCUGUAUUCUAUUUUAUUUAAUUGGCCCAAAUUAAGAACAUGCUGUAUUCCAUUUUUUUAAUUUUUUUCCCCUCUUUGUUGUUGGCUGUGAUAAACCAUAUACCUUUUUUACUAUAGUGUACAUAACAAUCUUAAUCAGUCAGCAGAGCUCUGUGUCAUAGACCUUAUUAAAUCCUAUCGGAUUUCAAUAUGAUUGAAAUAAAACAAUGUAAUAAAAUCA